GGCCGAUUACUGGAAAUCUCAGCCAAAGAAGUUCUGCGAUUACUGCAAGUGCUGGAUAGCAGACAACAGACCUAGCAUUGACUUUCAUGAAAGAGGAAAGAAUCAUAAAGAAAAUGUGGCGAAAAGAAUUAGUGAGAUUAAACAGAAAAGUUUGGAAAAAGCAAAAGAAGAAGAAAACAUGUCAAAAGAAUUUGCAGCAAUGGAGGAGGCUGCAAUGAAAGCUUAUCAAGAGGAUUUGAAAAGGCUUGGAAUUAAGCCAGAUGAUGUAGGUCCCAGUUUGACGCAGACUAAAACACAGAGCAACACAGUAGAAACUAAAGCAAAGAAAGAAAAGAAAGAGAAGAAGGAGAAGAAGGAAAAGAAAGAGAAGAAAAAAAAGACAUCUCAGGACACCACAAUGUCAUCAAAAAUUGAAACAAAGGAGUGGGUGCAAGGACUUUCUCCUGAAGGCUAUACGUAUUACUACAACACAAAAACAGGAGAAUCACAGUGGGAGAAACCUAAAGGAUUCCAAGGGAACUCACAAACGGCAGCAGAGUGGGUAGAAGGUGUCACUGAAGAUGGCCAUACCUAUUACUAUAACACACACACAGGAG